AUGGGAAUUUCGUCAUCGAAACUCGAGCAUUCGGCGAUUAUGAACGCCACAUGUGGUCCGGUUCGCGGAAUUUCGUAUAAUAUCGAUGGAAAAUUCGUGAACGGAUUCCUCGGAAUACCAUAUGCGAAGCCGCCAAUCGGCGAAUUGAGAUUCAAGAAGCCAGUUGCUCAUGAGGUUUGGACGGAGCCGAGAGAUUGCUUCAGGUUUGGCCUUCGUGCUCCACAGAAUGAUGAGCUCAUCGGACAGUUUAUGAAUCACGUCGGCAAAAGCGAGGCGCACUGUCUGAAUCUGAACGUGUUCGCGCCGAGCUGGCACUCGCCGUCCGGUUUUCCGGUGAUGGUGUUCAUUCACGGCGGCGGUUUCGCCGUCCACUCGAGCAGCAAUUACGGCAGCGUGUCGGUGGCGCGCAAUCUAUGCGUCAAAGACGUCGUCGUCGUCACAAUCAACUAUCGUCUCGGCCUUCUCGGCUUCAUGUCGACCGGCGACGACGUCUGCCGCGGCAAUCUCGGCCUGUGGGAUCAGACGAUGGCGCUCGAAUGGGUUCGCGAUCAUAUUCGAUGCUUCGGCGGCGAUCCGACCAACGUCACGAUAUUCGGCCAAAGCGCCGGCGGCGCCUCCGUCGACCUCCUAUGCCUCAGCCCGCACUCGAGAGACUUGUUUCAACGCGCGAUUCCGAUGGCCGGCAACGGCGAAUGCUAUUUCGCCGUUCGAACCGCCGAGCAGCAAGCGGCUCUCACCAAAGAGUACGCCAGAUAUUUGGGAUGGAAAGGCGAUGACGACGACACCGUCGAUUUGAUGCGAUUUUUCAACGCCGAGCCGUUGUACAAACUCGAAAUGGGCCUGAAUCCGAAGCGCGGAUUUCGACACUCGCAACAAGGCAACCUCUAUUUUGUGCCGAAUUUCGACGGCGAGUUUUUUCCGCGACCGCUCGACGAGCUGCGAAAAGAGGCGCCGAAAAAGUCGCUGAUGACGGGCACCACGAAAUACGAGGGACUCUUUUUCGUGGGUCUCGGCGCGAUCUCGCGAACACACGACGGCUUCAAGCGAUUCGCUCGACAAAUCUUCAAACCGUGCGAUUACGGCGGACACGCCGACGAGAUUCAACGAAUGGUGUACGAUUAUUAUAUGAAGGGUGUCAAUCCGAAAAAUUCGCACCAAAUGGCGCAUCAGAUUGUCAAGUUCCUCGGCGAUUAUUCGAUCAAUUACGGCACCUAUCGUUUGGCGAAAUCAAUGUCCGAUUAUGGCAACACCGUCUACUUCUACUCGUUCGAGCACUUCAAUCCGCACGGCUUCGGCGUUUUCAAAUGGAUGCUGCCGUUCCUCGGCGCCACCCAUUGCACCGAGCUUCGCUACGUGCUCGGCAAAGGCGUCAUCUCGAAAUUUCGGCCCGAUGAGAGGGACAAGGCGAUGAUCGAGACGAUGACGACGUUCUUCACCAACUUCGCCAAAUACGGCGAUCCGAAUCCGCCGGGAACUCAACAAUGGCUUCCGCAUGAUCCAAACGAGCCGUUCAAGCACUUCAAAAUUGAUUUCGACAAUUGCGCAAUGCACGAUGACUACCAGGAUCGGAGACUAUUAUUCUGGGAUGAGAUCCACGCAAAAAAUCGGUACCCGCUCGCUACUUUAAGCUCAUUAUUAUCAUUUUUUUUUGUUUUUCAACGGGUAGUCGUCAUAAAAGUUUAUUGGAUAUGA